CCAAUUUAAUGAAAGAAAUUCGUCAGAAAGACUGAACAUCAGGAUUUAACGUCCAUCAAACUAAACAAUUGUAGAGAGAGUUUGAGAGAAAGGGAGUAAUGGCGAAAUUUGAUCGAGCUUCUUUAUUGUUAGGGUUAACCGUAACAGUGAUAAUGUCAUCAUGGAUACCAAUAUCACAGUGUGCGAAGAAACCAGUUGGGGUGGCAAGGAAAGAGGACAUACCUUUCAUAAAAUGUCAAGUCUGUGAAAAGUUGGCAUCUCAGCUGUAUCACCAAGUCCAAGCUAAACAAGCCGAGAUCUCGCCCAAAAUAAUCUCCGAAUAUCAAAUUAUUGAAAUUGCGGAGAAUGUUUGUAAUUUAAAGAAGCAGGAAGCUGAUUGGAUCCUGAAAAUUGACAUUGUAGAGCAAGGUGAUAGAUUGGAGCUCGUUGAACAGGUCUCUGAAGGACAAUGCGGGUCAGAAUGCAAAACAAUAGAGCGAGCUUGUCAAGAGGUGUUGGGCUACUCUGAUACUGAUGUUGCAGAAUACCUGUAUAAAAACAAGCCAGACCUUCAUUCUUUGGUAAAAUUUAUCUGUAAGGACCUUACCAAAGCAUGCAGUAAAAAGCCACCACCAAUUCCUAAGGAUAGGACUCCUGGAGAACCCUUUAUUGCCAAGUCCUCAAAAGAGGCUGAAAUGGAUAAACUAUUAAAAUCCAUGGAGGGUAUGCCUGGAGCACCCAGCAUGAAAAUGUACUCCAGGGAAGACUUGAUGAAAAAUAUGGGUGACGUAGAUGCAGAAGAUGAAGAUGAAGAUGAAGACGAAGACGAGGAACCUGACUUCCCCUCAAAAUUGGGAAAAGUCUUGAGAGAAAAAGAUAGUAAGAAGAAUGAUUGGAAGCAAAGGAUCACUAAAGGAGUCGUAGACACAGGCAAGAAAUUGAAAAGUCACGCAAACAGAGUUUCAAAUCGGAUAAGACAGUGGUGGAGUGGCAAGAAAACAAUCUUGAAGAACAAGAGUUCGAAGUCCAAUAAAGCCGAGCUCUAGGCCGGAGAUUCGUGUAAGCAAACAGCAGUUCCUGGCCAUUUUUAUUUUCACCCAAUUAUUUUGUAUACUUUUCGUAUUUCCUAGCACAAUUGAUAGCCCGUGUCAUCAAUUUUUGUAUUUCUUUCUGACUGCCUUUUUGAUCUAGUUGUGGUUGCUAUUUGUAACUUCAAAAUAUGCUCUUUACACAUGAAUGUAGCUGUCAGCAGCAAGUGGCGGACUAGCCUUUGUUUCUUCUUUUGAUUAGAUUUUCAUUCUCAAA